AUGUCGCAACGAUUCGGCGCAUCCUCCCUCCACCAGCGCGACUCCCGCUCCGCCCUCUUCGAAGGCUACGACGACCACAACCACUCGCAAACACCUCGUGAAUACAGCCCCAACCCCUACAGCCCCAGCUACGCAUACGCCAAAGCAAACGGGGGGUAUCGCUCCGCCACGCCCAACAAACGAGGCCAGUACAGCGACGCCGUGCUCAAUGAGCUAGAGAGCCAGAAUGACGAACAAGUCGCGGGCAUACUGGGUAAAGUGCGGACACUAAAAGAUAUGACGGUGGCGAUUGGCGAUGAGAUCCGCGAGUCGUCUGCCCUGGCGGACAAGAUGAACGAUGCGUUUGAUAGUACGAGGGUGAGGCUACGGGGUACCAUGAAUAGGAUGAUGGUUAUGGCGGAGAGGACGGGCGUGGGGUGGAAGGUUUGGUUGUUGUUUUUUGCGGCCGUGGGGAUGUUGUUCUUUUAUGUGUGGCUGUUUUAG